AUCGAAAAGAAAUUAUCGCAGAUGCUUUUAAAACAUUACAUUUAACAUAUUUAGUAGAGUUUAACCUUGUAGUAAUCAGAGUCGACUUAAUUAUUAUUAAUUCCGUAAUAGAUGAGCAAUAGUUUUAUUAAAAUUGUCUUUUUAGUGCAUUUUAAAGAAUGCCAGGAAUAUUAGGAUUAACCAUUUGCCUGAUUUUUGUAACCAGGACCGUUUAUGGUCUGGAUAAUGGACUCGCGUUGACCCCUCCGAUGGGAUGGAUGCAUUGGCAAAGAUUUAGAUGUUUAACGGAUUGUGUGGCAUAUCCUGAUGACUGUGUUAGUGAAAAACUAUUUCGUCAAAUGGCCGACCAUUUAGUAGAUGACGGAUAUAAAGACGCAGGCUACGACUACAUUAUCAUCGAUGAUUGCUGGGCAAGCAGAGAAAGAGAUAAAGACCAUAAACUUCAGCCAGACCCUAAGCGGUUUCCUAGUGGAAUUAAAGCUCUUGCAGACUAUGUACAUCAAAAAGGACUAAAGUUUGGCAUUUACGCAGACUACGGAACCCAUACAUGCGCCGGUUAUCCAGGCAGUAUUAACCACAUGGAGCUGGAUGCCAAAACGUUUGCAGAAUGGGAAGUCGACUACCUUAAAUUUGACGGUUGCCAUUCUGAUAUUCUAUUCAUGGAAAUAGGAUAUACUCUGAUGUCCAAAUACCUAAACCAAACUGGUAGACCGAUGGUUUAUUCAUGCAGUUGGCCAGCUUACCAGGAACCUUUGGGGAUCCACGCAGAUUAUGAUAAAAUGCAACAAGUAUGUAACCUCUGGAGAAACUGGGAUGAUGUGGAUGACGCUUGGCCUCGCGUUACAAGAAUUAUAAAUUGGUUCAGUGAGAAUCAGGACAGAAUCGCUAAAUAUUCCGGGCCUGGACACUGGAACGAUCCUGACAUGUUGAUAAUAGGAAACUAUGGAUUAAGUUACGAGCAAGCCAAAGGGCAAAUGACCGCCUGGGCCAUCAUGGCUGCCCCUUUAAUCAUGUCUGUGGAUUUGAGGACCAUUGAACCCAAUUUUAAGAGUAUUUUAUUAAAUAAGGCUGCUAUCGCUAUUAAUCAGGAUCCACUGGGGAUACAAGGGAAAUUAGUUCUAAGGUCAAAUAAGAUCGAUUUUUGGACUAAGCCUUUAAGUGCAACGGUGGAUGGAAGUAAAUCUUAUGCCAUAGGGUUAUUGAGUAAUCGAAUUGAUGGAUUUCCUUAUAGAGUGAAAUUUACUUUGGCACAAUUGAAUAUGACCAAUACAAAUGGAUAUACUAUUAGGGAUAUAUUUGAUUCUGUAAUUGUAUCUCCAAUUGUUAAGCCCCAUGAAGUAAUGUAUAUCAGAGUGAAGCCGUCAGGUGCUGUGCUACUCCUUGCAACUCCAUUACCAUCUAUAAUAAACGUCAAUUCUGUGUGAAGAGGAGCAGGACACAAUGAUAUUAUGAAGUUAUUCUUUAUAGCCCAAUUAAAUAUAUUUGUUUUAUUGC